UGUACAAAAAUUUUCUUAUCAAAAUAUUUGUAGCAGUAUGUUUUAAUUGUUUCAUUCGAUGAAAUCGUGAUUAAAAGAUAUUAUCUCCAAAAUCAUGGAGGAUGAAAUUGAUGAAUGUGUUAGGAAAAAGAUAAGUUGGCCACAAUUGCCUGGUAAUAUUAAAAAGUUGUUCAAUGAGACUCCAAAAGAAUAUGACAAGUAUAUUUUUGAAUUCAGUAUUAAAAAUCAGCUGCGCUAUAGAGGCAGCCUAGUGAGAACAGUGAAGAAGGAUGAGAGAAAAUACUAUGAAGCACUGGUGCAGAGCAGCAUACAGAGGCUUAUGCUGUACCCCUAUCACUUAGCUGACAUGAUUGUGAAGGGAUUAAGAAUAACUCCCUUUAUAUAUUAUAUAGAAGUUGUUGCCCUGCUAAUAGAGCUGGAGAAGAGUUAUGACACCAUGCCUAAUUUUACUGCUGCUGAUUGUCUUCGGCUUCUGGGUGUUGGACGAAACGAGUACCUGGAACUAGUCGCUAAAGCUCGAUCUCUUGGGAGACGUGGAAGGUCGAGAGCUAUUCGAUGUUUGUUACCCCGUGUACCUCUCAAUGUACCCAUGCAACCAUGGUGGAGAGUAGAGCUGGGUUACGUCCUUGAAGAAGAUGUUAAGCCUUUAGGUGAGAGCGAGAAGGCGCUAAUAGACUUGCUAAUCGAUCAAGGGUCGCAGACCGCCGGCACGCUUGACUACUACGUUGUCAAGAAACUAUACAGACGCGGUUUGAUUUACUUAGACGUGCCAAUAACAGCGGCGGACAAAGUGUCAGUUCCGCCUCUCAAAGGUUUCGUGAUGAACCGGAUAGCCGGGGACUAUUUCGAGACGUUACUGUACAAAGUGUUCGUGUCCAUCGACGAGCACACCAGCGUCGCCGAGCUGGCAGCGGUGCUGCAGGUGGAGUGCGAGCUGGUGAAGCAGGCGGUGUCGCUGUACUGCCGGCUGGGCUUCGCGCGGCUGCAGCGCGCGGCGCCGCCCGCGCACGCCAGCUGGGCGCGCGCCGUCACCGCGCACUCGCACCAGCCGUAUAGACAAAUAGCUCCACUUACUUUUGGCUCUAACAUAGAAGAAGACCUGCAAAUGGAACCCGUACUUCUCAAAGAUAUGCCCUCUACUUCAAAACAGAAUUCUCAGUCAGAAAUAUCUGAGUCGUCUUCAAGUAGCAGCGGUCAAAGAGUUGCUGUUCUCUUCGACUCCACAUUAGCGGCUUACCUUAUGAUGGGAAAUCUAUCACCGGAUCUUAAAAGUCAUGCGGUGACACUGUUUGAAGUUGGAAAAUUGUGUGACGAAAGUUUGGACAGUCUGCUUAUGGAAUUGGAUAAGGUGGUCGGAGAUCCAGAGAUCGAAGGUGAAGCGAGGCGGUACUUGGCGGCUGCAGCGUGUUUACGUACAGCGCUGCGUACGUUGCGUCCUAGCUUACGACCACUAGACCUUCUCCGCUGUGAAGCGCUUCAUGCGCUCGACGCUCCAGCUCGGGCUCGCCUGUUAGCCACUAAAUAUAGACUGGCGGUGUCGACGGCGCCGCUGGGCCGCGAGGCGCGCGCGGGCGCGGCGGCGGGCGCGCUGCCGCACGUGGGGCCCGCGCCGCCCGAGGCCGCCUCGCCCUGGAUGCGCCUCUACCUCUACCACCUCGCCGGCUACGGGCCGCCCACGCUGCUGCUCACCAAAGGCACCGUCCUGCGCGGGAUCCCGCGGUCGCUGCUGGGGUUCUCGCGGCUCGCGGUGUCGUGGUGGGGCGCGGAGUCGGAGGCGGCGGCGCUGCCGGCGGCGGCGGCGCUGGCGGCGGCCAACUCGGCGCUGCGGCGCGGGCCCGUGCUGCUGCAGGCGGCCGGCGUGCGCGCCGCGCCCGUGCUGGCGCACUUGUCCUUCCCGCCCUCGUCCGAUGACGUGGACGAGCUGCAGAGCCUGUGGCGCAAGCACGCGGGCCUGCGGCGCCUGCUGCGGCGCCUGCGCCUGAGUCGCUCGGCGGGCUACGUGACGCUGGCCGACAUCGGCGUGCCCGACCUGGGCUGUGCGCACCCGUCCGCGGCCGUGCAGCUCGUAACCCCAAGGAAGAAAAAAGACACUUGUGGUAUAGCAAAGCCAGUCAGUGAAAUAUCGAUAUCUUCUAACGAUUCUGCGAAAGAGAUGUCGGAAUACACGAAGGUUAUAAACAGCCGUCUGCAAUCGCCUAUAGAGUCUCAUUUCGCAGUCACUCCCACCGGAGACAGCAAGACGAGCUCGCCUGCCAACGGUUUCACAAGCGCCGAGGGCGGGAAACUACUCUGCGAAGAACUUGAUAAUUUAAACAUCGAAACGCAUCAAAGCAAAGAAUCUAUAGCGAGCAGCGACGACUUUGUACCCAUACAUUCCUCGACCAGUAUUGAUGAUUUUAAAGAGAAACAUUCCAGCGAAAAUUCCAGAAGCAAUGAGUCAAUUUUAGAGGACUUAAUUCCAAUUCAAUCGCCCGCUAAUAUAAGAGAUAACGUCCACAAACCGGAGCAGUUGAACGACCUGUUCAGUCCCGUCGAAGAAUCGAUAUCAAUGUUCACACAGUUGUCCGAUAAACUGACGGAGAUCACCACCGAAGGCGACAGCGGUGUUGAUACGGCGCAUAACUAUUCCGAUGACGAAACUUGCAAACCUGAAAAAUGGACCAUUUUAGAUCUUCAAUUUGGCAUUCCACUGUUUGACGAAGCUCUUUGUGAAAAAGUGUGUCACAGUAUUGUUGAAAAGAUAGCAAAGCCUGAAUUGUUCGACAAAGUAAAAGAAGACAACGAAUUUAUAAGAUCGGAUGUCUUAAAGUUUGUGUCACAGUGUCAGUAUUAUCCAGGAGAAGAUAUGGGAAUAGUUAAACGCGGUACUUUGGUCCCCUUACCGAGAAAAUGUCUGGUGUUCGAAAAUGGGAGAAUUAGUGAAUGGAAUGGAAAGUGAUUCUAUCGCGGUAAUACCCUUAGUAUAAUAUACAUAUUACAUAUGGCUUUUACAUAAAUUAUUUGACAUAAUGAAGAAAUUUAAGGCAACUGUAGUUAAGGUAUGACAUAUAAAUUAUGAGGCAUUUCACAAGUGUUACUGUUCCAUUAGAAAUUUUAAGAUUGAAGACAAUGCAUCCAAAAAUAAUAUUCACUUCUCUGUAAACCAUUCACUAUUGUUCAAUACAUUAUAAUUUUAAGUUAUUAACAUAGACUUAUUUAAUUACUCAACCUUAUUAUGCAAAUGCGGUAACAUCAAACCUAUAAGGCGAGAUUACGAAAAAAUGUUGGAUGCGUGUUUUACACCAUAUCAUAAACUUAUGCUAAAUACAAAAUGUUACUUGAGUUGACACUAUUUUUUGAUCUGAGAAUAUUAAAUUGAUAUUAAAUGAUAAUUUAGAGAUUGAUGAUGAAGAACUUUAAGUGAUCAUUAGGUCUUCAAUCCGUAGCCUUGGAACAAGUAGUUAGCAAAGCAGAUUAACGAAUACCAAGUAACACCAUCAUAGUUAAAAAGGCAAGAUACGACAUAUGUACCCAUUACAAUUAAAUGAAAUUAAAAUUAGUAGAGGAAGACGAUUAUGCAGUUUAUUAUUAGGUAUAAUUAUAGCACAUUUGUUUUAGUCUUUUAAUGCCAUUGUUAACAUCUCCUUUUCUUUAAACAUGAGAGAGGAUAUUGCUAAUGAAACAAAAUGAAUAUCUAAAAAUUUUGUCGUAAGGCUUGUCAAUCCAUCAAUCAUACCAAGGCUGACAGAUUUAACUGACGCCAGUUUGAAUAUAUAAUGGUCACUAUAAAAGGUUUCGAGACCAUUACGAUUAUGGACGACAAUUUUCAUAUGCAGUAACUUACCUAUAGUUGAUAUAAUAGUGAAUCAAUAUUAAGAUAUUCGUAAAAGUGAAUGUACUAAGUCUAAUGUAUUAUAAAAUGUACCUUAAUAUUUGUAUUGAAGAAUCUUCAAACGCGCUAUUAUGAAAUAUAAAAACAUAAUAUAUAUUUUCACUAGUAUAAUAAUUAUUUGUUGUAAAUGUAAUGUUAACAUUUUUAGAUUACUAAUGAGAUUGUAAAAGGUUAUCUUAAUAAAUCCUUCAAUAAUAUGCAAUUUUAAAUGUACUUUAAUGACUCAACUUUCCACUGGAUUAUUAUGUAGUAUAAAUGUGUUACAAUGUUAAAAAAACAGUAAGACCCUGCAAUAUUUAAUGAAUGUAAUAAUUACAGUUAUUAAGAAAAAUAAUUUAUUUUAAAUGUGAUAAAAAUAUAGAUUAUUAGAUAUAUUAUUAUUGAUAGAUUACUAAAUAUUUUAUUUAUUUAUCCGUAGAUAGAACAGAGUUUUAUUUUUUAAAUUCAUCCAUCAUGUUUAGCUGAUUUUGCUACCGUCCAUGUGUUAUUGCAAUAAAAAAAUAUUUUUUUUGGAAUAUAACUUUUCGUCAUAUUAUUAGAGUAUAUAAGAAUAGUAGUUAUUUUUGUAAACUUUACUCACUAUGUCAUAUUAUUAGGUGUUGUAAAUAAAACUCUGUACUAUCCAUUUUACACAUGUGUUGUAUUUAAUAGGAGAUUCACUUAGUUUCUCAAUAAAGUUUACCUUUGUUAAUUUGGAUUAGUCUAUUACCAUUUUAAAAAGAUAGGGUAAUAUUAUAUAAUAUAGUUGCCAUCCUAAUAUAACCACCUCUUUAUUAUUUUUUAAAAGCUUUGU